UGGAAAAAUCAAUCGGUGUUUUGCGUAAAAGUUGGUUCCUUUUUGUGCUAUUUGUUGUAUUCAUUUGCAGUUCGGUAUUCUGCUUGCACCAUAUCCUUCCUAAUACCCGAAAAAUCUUUAGUAACAUGGAAGAAGAGCUUCCUACGGAGUUUGACCUAAUAGUGAUUGGGACUGGACUGACGGAAUCAAUUGUUGCUGCCGCUGCAAGCCGUAUCGGCAAAACGGUUCUUCAUCUCGAUACCAAUGACUACUAUGGGGGUUACUGGGCUUCCUUUAACUUGGAUGCAUUUCGCAAGUAUUUGAACAACCCGCGGUCAGCUUCAACACCUUGUACGAUCGAAAACAACUUUCUUCAACUUUCCCCCAAUCCAACGGCCGUUCAGAAUGGGCGUGAAAAAUGGAAUAAUCUUAUCGAAAGUGGUGACGUAGACGGGUGGAAUAGGGAAAAGAUUGAGCAGGAAUUCCGACGGUUCAAUAUCGAUCUCACACCAAAGCUGCUGUAUGCGCGGGGUUCGAUGGUGGAGUUGUUGAUAUCGUCCAACAUCUGUCGGUACGCCGAGUUCCGGGCGCUCGAUAGAGUUGCUACGCUUUGGGAGGGCAAGAUAAUGACGGUUCCGUGCUCUCGCUCGGACGUUUUCACCAGCAAGGAUGUUAAUGUGAUCGAAAAGCGUUUGCUGAUGAAGUUCCUGCAAAGCUGCGCAUCCUACGAUGAAGGACAGGAUGUGGAAAACAAACCAGAAGAGCUGGAUGGGAAAACGUUCCUGGAGCAUCUGCAGAGCCAUAAACUGACGCCGAAUCUAAUCCAUUACGUGCUGUACACGAUAGCGAUGGGAAAUGAUCGUACGCCGGCUCGGGAAGGCUUGGCUGGCGUGAAAAAGUUUCUGAUGAGCCUCGGUCACUACGGUAACAGCCCAUUCCUCUUUCCGGUUUACGGCUGCGGCGAGAUUCCGCAGUGUUUCUGUAGGCUGUGCGCCGUUUUCGGUGGCAUUUACUGCCUCAACAAGGCAGUGGAAGGUAUUCAUUUUGAUACGCAUUCCAACCCGGAGGGAACGAAUCGGUUCGAAUCUGUCAAGUGUGGCAAGCAGAAUAUCCGGUCGAAAGAUUUGGUAGUAGGGCCGGGCUACUUGUCGCAGGAUGUCUUCGCGCAAGGCAGCAAGACUGAGACCAAAAAGGAGAAUUCAUGCGGAGGGCUUGCACGUGCCGUGAUACUUACCAAUGUGCCUUUCGGUGGAGCGUCACAGAAUCCCGGAGGUGGUGGAGUUGCAAUCAUGAAGCUACCUCCCGUUAGCGGCCACCGCGAAGGAGCAACAAUACUACAAAUGUCUCACUACAGCGGGACAUGUCCAAAGGAAAUUUAUCUUAUCCACGUAACAACUCUCGCGUUGUCAGCAAACCCAGAAGAUGAUCUCAAACCAUACAUUGCACAAAUAUUUAGCUAUGAUUAUUGCAAUACGGCACCAGCAACGACAAGCGGCGAGGAGCAUAUUGAAUCGGCCGAAACACAAUCAGCAAACACAACUUCCACCAUACUCUACGAAGCGUAUUUUAACAUUCCUUCUUGCGUUGCGUGUACGGUGACAUCAAAUUCGGUUGUUCCCGCUGGUAUUCGUUUGACUUGUGGCCCAUACCACGAGCUAGACUACGACCAGAGCAUCGAUCAAGCCCGACGCAUCUUCCAGGACAUGUUCCCCGACGAAGAGUUCCUUCCGCGUGCGCCAGAUCCUGAGGAAAUCAUUAUCGGCGAAGAGGAACCGGUGCAGGAACCCCGUGGGGACGUUACGGACGCCAACGACGAGCCGGUCGAUAACGCCAGUGAGUGUCGCGAUACCGAAUCGGACUCAGCGCUUGCACAAGAGGCCAAAGAAGAAGCGAUCGAUAAGGCCGAAGAGUGCACCGAACAGAGGUAAGAUGAAAAAAAUAACAGAAGACGGUUCUGUAAACUGCCAGCUACAAACGUUUGAAAAAAUUAUCAAUCGUAACAUAUGCGAUCUACUCUGCCUAAAGCUUUUGCAGCAUGACGAAUAUUUCAAAUAAAGUGACCAUUUACGCUUUGUGCA